UCCCUCCUCCUGGCGGUAUCCAGGCGCUGCUGCAGCGCUGGGGGAAUUCGCCGCUGAGCUGCCGCCGGGACCGGAGCCGCGCGUCUCUCUCUCUUUCUGUUGCGCUCCGCACCAUGAAGAUGAUGAGCUCCCCCUGGGCCCGCUUCUACUCCAACAGCUGCUGCAUGUGUUGCCAUGUCCGCACCGGGACCAUCAUCCUCGGCAUCUGGUACCUGAUCAUCAACUCAGUGGUUCUGCUGAUUAUACUGAGCGCCUUGACAGACCCUGGCCAGUACCACUUAACAACUGCUGAAUUGGGGGGUGACUUGGAAUUUAUGGACGAUGCCAAUAUGUGCAUCGCUACUGCAAUUUCUCUUCUCAUGAUCCUCAUCUGUGCAAUGGCCACAUACGGCGCAUAUAAGCAACAUGCAGCGUGGAUCAUCCCUUUCUUCUGUUACCAAAUAUUUGAUUUUGCACUCAACACCUUGGUCGCUAUUAGCAUUCUUGUGUACCCAAGCACAAUUCAGGAUUACCUGCAGCAACUGCCUGGUAAUUUUCCCUACAAGGAAGAUAUUAUGUCUGUCAAUCCCACAUGUCUCAUUGUGAUUAUUCUGCUUUUUAUAAGUAUCACCUUGGCUUUUAAGGCUUACCUGAUCAGCUGCGUAUGGAACUGUUAUCGAUACAUUAACAACAGAAACAACUCGGAUGUCCUGGUCUACAUUACUACUAAUGACACAGCGGUGUUGCUGCCACCCUAUGAUGAUCCUGCAAAUGGCGCUGCCAAAGACCCCCCACCACCUUAUGUGUCUGCAUGAGGAGCCGUGUGUGCGAGCGAGUGUGUGUGCGUGAAAUGUACCUAAAGAACAAAUAGCUUUACUUUUCACGACACCUGAGCAAUAGAUUCUUUCAUUUUUCAGGACAGGUGUAUUAUCUCCCAGGUUGUCUUUAUUGCUAUUUUGCUGUAGAUUAUUCAAAGGAAAAACCUAUUUGCCUAAAGCAGCAUUGAACUGGCUUGAGAACCAUUUUGAUUAGCUAAAGUGAUAAUCGUUGCAAUGUAGGUUUGUUUUGGGGGUUUUUUUCCACAUCUUCUCCUGCAAAUCUAGAAAAUCUCUAGGGGUGUAAACUGUAGUGUGGAGUUUUGUUUCUCUUGUCUUCUUAAUUUCUGGAUCAUGCCUCAGGCUGUGACAUUGUCCUUUAAUCCACAAUCAUAAAACAAAACAGAAGGUACCCUGAACAGUUGAGCUUAUAUUUAUUUCAUCAGGAGUAUCUGGGACCUUUUUAAACACAUUUCUCAGCUGUGGUAGCAAAAGCUUGUGUCCUCAAAGCUCAAAAUUUAACAAUGUGGAUAGCUACCCUGAGGUUUGAAGGAACAAAUUUUCAUCGUUCUGCAGCAGAGCUGUGGUUGAGAACACAAUUCUUUUUAUAAAGGUCUAGCUCAGCUAUUAGUAAAAAGAAAAAGAUCGCUUUGAAUUGUGCUCUGAGCGCAAAGGUGCUUUCUGACUGGCUAAUCGCUCAGAAAUGCAGAGGGGAAGUAUGUGUAUUGGAGGAGCUCUGGGCAUCAAGAUUAGAUUGAACUUUUUGCUACAGAAAUUUUGGCUCUUGCAAGCACUUUGACCUUCUACCCCCCUGCCCUAGAACUGGCCAGUUCAGCUGUAAGUGAGGCCACUGGCCCCUUUUUAUUGCCCUUUCUCUUGCCAGCGGUCUUAAUGUGGUUCUCCAGACCAAAGCUCCCUUUUUUCAAGUCAACUCCAAAUCUGGAUCCCUAAGUGGCCUGGUCUGGGGACCUUGAAGUUGCACACAUGUGGCUUUUUGAAGGCAUUGCAAAUACUGCCCGCAUCCCUGUUGAUGCUGCAACUAUUUUCUGUAGUGGGAAGUCUAAUGUUAACAUCAGUUCCCCACCCACUCUAGGCCUGUUCACUCAGGAUGCUUGUAAGGAGUAGCUCUCUCUCUAUAUAUAGAUACACAUUAAAAUAGGGGUCUGUAUGUAUGUGUAAAAGAAAUGAGAAAUACACGUUUCUGACACAUGACAUGGAUUGGCAAAUACAUUUCCUACUGCUUUAAUCUGUGACCCUAAAAUUAAUCAUAGGAAGCAGAGCUGGAAACAUGAUAGAGUUGCAGGGCACCACAUCAUGCAUUGUAUCAAGAUGGUGAACCCAGUCACAUCUAUGGCAAAUCAAUGUGCGAGUGAAAAAAAGGGGGCAUGGUCUCUAAUCCAGAUUAGAUUUAUUAUGGAAAUUCUGUGUUUCAGCCUUUGGCCAAGUGAUUCCUUCUCUUCUUAUGAUAGUUCUGAUAAUUUAUUUUGCCUGUUGAUGUCAUCCCAUCCGACAAUUGCAAACAAUGGGAAGAAACCACUUUGAAAUUUCUUUCAUUUCAGUGGAAGACAAGCAAGUGCAUAAACCUUCCAUUGAAAGCAGUGGUGAUUUUGAAAUGCUAAACUUUGUAUGGAUUGUGUGCAGUUUGAUUUAAGGUUAUUCCAUACGUUCUUUGGAGUUGUUGGGUCUGGUAAACAAUUAAUACCUCUUUGAGUAUCCAAAAUGUGAAUCUUUUUCCCAUGGGAGUCCGCUUGUAAAUAUAGCACUUUGGGGACCAUAUGCUAAGGAACACACCAGUUGGGAUAUAUUAUGUCUCCCAGUUGUAUCUUUGGGCACAACACUCUGUGCCCAUCAAAUAUAUGUAUAUCUAGCUAUCUGCUUAAGUGUGAGAAUAUUUGGUCCUCUUGUUUGCAUUUACAAACAUUCUAGUGAGAUUCAUUUGUUAGUGCCCUGUUAAGUAUUACUGUGAAUUAUUAGCAUUUCUACAAGUGCUUUAGGUUCAAAGCACUGCGCACUCGUUAUCUUCUAACCUUACAACAGCCCUGUAAGGUAGAUCAGUAUUAUUACCUUCAUGCUGCAGAUGUGGGGCUGAGGCUAAGAGUGGCUGGCCUAAUGGCCAGCUUGUUUGUUCAUAGCAGAGUCAAAGCUCACAUCAGGGACUUCCUGGCUUGUAUCCUAAGUCACUGGGAACCAAACUACAAAAUAAUGCUAGUUGCAUUUUU